UGAACGCAAUGGUGAACACAACAGAUGAGUUCUAUUGAUCAGUCAGUGUGUAGUGCCGUGUCGGAAAAAUGUGAGAGUUUGUUUAAAUAAAUCAAAAUGUGGAUUCCAACGAAAACGCGCAAAUACGGCGUUGCUAUUUAUAAUUGGCGCGGGGAUUCACGAUGCGGCCUCCCGCUGGAGAUCGGCGAGACGGUGCAGAUCCUCGAGGAAUGCACCGGGUGGUAUCGCGGGUUCACCACGAAGAAUCGCUCCAUGAAGGGUAUCUUCCCGCAGGCGUAUAUUCACCUCAAGCCGUGCAAGGUAGAUAACGAAGGACUCUUUGAGAGCGUUGUUCCGCUCGAAGAUCCGGUUGUCAGGGAAGUUACGCUUGUGUUGCGGGAAUGGAACGAGAUCUGGAAGAGGCUCUUUGUGGAGCGAGAGACGUACAAAUUCGAUACGGUUGGCAAAGUCAUGCGCGACUUGUUGGAGUGGCGGCGGCAGCUUGUCUCCGGCACGUUGACCCAGGACCAAACCAAAGAGCUCAAGUUGAAGAUUAUUGCCAAAAUCGAUUGGGGAAAUCGAAAACUUGGCUUGGACCUGGUUCCUCGCCAAGGAGCGCAAAUGGUCGAUCCUGAUACGAUGUCAGUCGUGGAACUCCACCAGGUGCACGUCCUUAGCGCUGAAAACUCCAAAGGCGCAUCUGCACGUGGCACGAUAAAACGCAAAGAAGCAAAGAAGAUUCUAACUCAUCAUUUGUACUUCUGCAUGCGUGAUUUCGGUCACCACAUCGGUGAAGACACCGAGAUAUACUUCUCGCUCUUCGAUGAUAAGAAGCAUCGCUACAUCUCCGAAAGGUUCCUAGUCAAGAUAUCCAAAGAGGGCUUCUCGAACUAUAUCGAGAAACUGCACAGCAACUGUACCAUCUUCACCGACCUGGGCAACGCUGACCUCAACAAGGAUAUCUACAUUGUUGCGCACGUGAUGCGAAUCGGUAAGAUGCUCUAUUCGGAGAGUUCGCGUAAAGCCGAGAAGAACCCGACCGCCACCAUGCAGGUCUUCAAGCGGCCGCAUGGUGUCGCCGUCCAGAAUCUUAGUGAUUUGCUGAUGCACAAGGAGGGUGAGUCUGAUGAAAGGGAGUUUACCCUGAAAGUAUUCCAGUGUGAGGAGAAGGACUUUCAUCAGCUACAUGAGAAUCUCAUCAAGCAGCUUGGUAAAUACAGCCCGUUAUCCUGUCAACCAAAUUACGGGAUUAUCAUCUCUCUGAAGAUGCUUCACGGACAACUAUCUCAAAUCAAGGAGGACAGUCCUUUGUUAUUCAAAAAUAUCUCACUAACUAAUAAAUUGGGUUUUGCUGAUGUUAUUAUGCCUGGUGAUGUUAGAAACGAUCUGUAUUUGAUCCUUGAAAAAGGCGAGUUUGAACGCGGAGGGAAAUCAACCGGUAAAAACAUCGAGGUGACGAUUAUUGUGUUGGAUAGCGAGAAGAAUGUAAUCAAACAUUGUCUCUGGGGUGCUUCCGGAUGUGAGGGUCAAUCGGAAUAUGUGUCUAUGAUCAUCUAUCACCACAAUUCACCCGCCUGGGCCGAGAAUGUGCGACUCACGCUGCCGAUUGACAAGUUCGCAGGCGCGCACGUACGCCUUGAAUACCGACAUUGCUCCACGCGUGAAAAGAAUGACAAGAAACUCUUUGGAUUUUCGUUCGUGCGGUUAAUGGACAAGGACGGUGCCGCCGUGCAUGACGCCAAUCACGAACUCUUUAUUUACAAGUGCGAGGAUGCCGCCAAACUGGAAAACUGUGGAUAUCUUAUGUUGCAAGGUCACGGGAAAGAUCUGGAGGGCAAUCAAGAGUCAGGAGCGUUCAGCCGUAGCCAUAAAGAAGUGGUUAUUGUUAAAACUCUUCUAUGUUCUACCAAACUCACACAAAACACCGAUUUGCUUUCACUUUUACGCUGGAAAUCGCACCCGGAGAAGAUCCAGGACUCUCUGCAGAAAGUUUUGCGUUUAGGUGACGAGGAACUGGUCAAGUUCUUGCAGGAUGUAUUGGAUGCACUGUUUGCAUUGUUCUCUACUGAGGAAGGCAAUUCUACCAACCACAGCGGGCUUGUCUUCCACGUGUUGGUCUCCAUAUUCAGUCUGCUUGAUGAGUCAAAGUUUCAGUAUUUUAAACCAGUAUUGGAUGCUUAUAUUAAGGACCAUUUUGCCGCCGCGUUAGUUUACAAGGGACUUUUGACGAGCGUUCAGCAUUGUGCUGACUGGGUGUUGUCAUUUGAGAAACAACAACCGAUUUUGAAGUGUUUCAAGAGCUUGGAGUCUAUCUUCAAACUGAUCAUACAAAGUCGGUUGUUGUUUUCGCGCGCUAGUUGUGGUCAACUCGAAGACAGUUUUCGUCGGGAUUUGAAUUUGGUGUUUAUUUCACUGAAUACUAUGCUGGGACUGACACAGACAGCUAUAAUCAAUUCACAGAUUGAGUUGCUGAUGAAUAUUGGAGUUGUGUUUGAGCAACUGGUGGACAUUUUGCCUAUUUUGGAGGUAACCAAAUUGGCGAAUACCAUGUUAGACGCUCCCAGGGAUGGCGAAGCUCAACUUACGAAAGCGAAGUUGUUUUUCAUGAAAACUUUGAUGCAGGGAAAACUAUUUCAUGAUGAUGAAUCACGUAAUGUGCUCCUGACGCAUGUGUGUAAACAUUUGCGGAAUCAUUUAAUCCGCCGAGAAGAACUGCGACUAUGUUCCGACAUCUUAGCGGAGAUACUCGGCUUCCUGUUCAAACAACGCAAACAGGCCGAGGAGCUGGGCAAGAUCAACAACUGCAUACACCACGAUGUUGAUACUCUUUGCAUUAGUACAUUUGACGUGAUCAUUAACACCGUGCUGGUGAUAAUUGACAAAGAAACAGCAGUAAUUGGCGGAAUUGUAGCGGGUCUAGUCGGGUUGCUGCAGCUGCUGGACGAAUUCCAUUACAAGCGGUUGUGGGAGACCAUAAUGGGACCAACACACGACCGCAAGCCUCUCAAAGACUUCCUCAUGCGUGUCUUCCUCGUCUUUCGCAAUCUAGUCAAGCAGCAAGUCUUCCCGCCCGACUGGCUGAUUAUCCGCAUGGUGACCAACAAUGUCAUAUUAAAGUCGCUGCAGGAACUCGCACAGCCGCUCGCUUUCAAAUUCCUCGACACGCGCGGCGGUUACUUUGACAAAGAACUGUGGACGAGUUAUUUUAAUCUUGCCGUGGAUUAUCUCACACAAUCCUCGUUGCAACUAGAGCAGUUUUCCGAAGUAAAGCGGGAAAAGAUUAUUGAAAAGUACGGAGACAUGCGGGUAUUGAUGGGCUUCCAGAUUUUGUCCAUGUGGUCACAGCUAGGCGAGCACAAACUCCAUUUCAUUCCGUCGAUGGUAGGUCCGUUCCUCGAGGUGACACUCGUGCCUGAAAUCGAGUUACGCAAAGCGACGCUGCACAUCUUCUUCGAUAUGAUGGAAUGCGAGCAGAAGUCACGCGGUAACUUUAGGCAGGUCGAGAGCGAGCUCAUCGACAAGUUGGAUAUUUUGAUAUCCGAAAACAAGGGCGACGAUGAGUACCGCCAACUGUUUAAUACUAUGGAACAUCUGAGCGCCGUGUUGUUAGAUCGUGUGCAAGCUGAAGAUCCCACAUGGAAGGACAGUGGUGCAGCUUUCAUCAGUUCGGUGACACGACUUCUUGAGCGUCUCCUUGAUUACCGCAGUGUUAUUCAGGGCGAUGAGAAUCGUGAUAAACGCAUGUCUUGCACGUUUAAUCUACUGAACUUCUAUAAAAAUGAAUUCAAUCGCAAGGAGAUGUAUCUGCGUUAUAUUUACAAACUACACGACCUACAUUUAUCCGCGGAGAAUUAUACAGAAGCGGGUUUCACAAUGAAGCUUUAUGCGGAUCAAUUAAGCUGGACAAACCAAUUAAUCAUGUCCGAUCCUCAAUAUAGCGGGUACACUGAGUGCAAAGUCAAGGAACAAUUGUAUCGCCAGAUUAUCAACCAUUUUGAUCGUGGGAAGUGUUGGGAAAAGGGAAUACCUCUAUUGAAGGAGCUCGCACAACUGUACGAAAAUCAAAUGUUUAAUUAUCGAGCGCUCAGUGACAUUCUCAAGUUGGAGGCGAAGUUUUUUGAUAACAUUUUACAACAACUCCGUCCAGAGCCGGAAUACUUUCGGGUCGGCUUUUAUGGGCUUGGAUUUCCACUAUUUGUCCGAAAUAAACAAUUUGUUUAUCGAGGAUUAGAAUACGAACGAAUUAUUGCGUUUACGCAGAGAUUACAAACAGAAUUUCCGUCGGCUCAACUAUUAACGAAGAAUUCUCCUCCAGAUGAUUCAGUUAUUAACUCAGAUGGACAAUUUAUACAAAUUAGCAAUGUAAAACCAAUCCCAGAAGCGAAUCCGAUUACGCUUGCAAACGAUAUACCUCAAGAGAUUGCAAAGUUCUAUCAUUACAACGAUGUCAGAAGAUUUCAAUGUGAUCGUCCCGUACACAAAGGCAUUGUUGACAAAGAAAACGAGAUUAAGACAUUGUGGAUUGAAAGAACAAUUCUUGAAAUAGAAUGUCCUUUGCCGGGCAUUUUACGUUGGUUUGAAGUGGUAGAUAGAAAAACCGAAGAGAUUCCUCCUGUAAAAUAUGCUUGUGAGACUAUGCAGGCUGUGGAAAAAGAAUUAAGACUACUCAUUACAAUAUACAACGCAGAUCAUCGAAGAAAUCUCAAUCCUUUCACGAUGCGUUUACAAGGCAUCAUCGACGCUAAUGUUCAAGGCGGCAUUAGCAAGUAUCAACAAGCAUUCUUCACCCAGGAGUUUGCAAAGUUGAAUCCGGAACAUCUUAAUUACGUGUAUACCUUGAAGACGAUGAUUCAUGAAACGAUGCAGGUGAUAGAAGAUGGUUUAUCACUCCAUGGAGCAUUGGCGCCAUCCGGCGUACAACCGUUGCAUCAACGUUUGGUGGAACGUUUUGCACAAUUGCGACAAAGUUUGGGCAUUAUUGGCAAGCCUCUCAAGCGUCAACAAUCUGAAAGUAUUGUCAAUACACCUUUGCCGCCCCUUCCGACUGACAAGCGCUUAGCAGACAAUCAAAGCAAUCGGUCGUCGAAUUCAAGCGGCAACUACGGGCACUUGGUCGAGCAAUCCUACACCGACAACGACGACCAUUACACCAAGCCGAUGGAAGUUGACAAGGGGACAUUCAGUCGCGAGAAUCUAACACUGCCGAUGAUGUCGAGCGCAAUUAACGCGCCACCGAUACCGCAACGCGACGCGCGGCCUCGUUCGCAGGGCUUUAGCAACAGCUACAUGGAGAUAGCGCGUACUCCAACGAGGGGUAGUGCUGACUACUCAAGUUUACCACCUAUCAAAUCAAGGGAUUCCGAAGGUAAUGAUAUACCUUUACCACCAAAACCAACUCAUACUCGUGAGCGGUCCCUGACAAAACCGCCAUCUCCACGCCUUUUACGGCACUCAAUCGCCACCCCUACGGAAGCGACCACACCCAACCGAAACUCGUGGCCCGAUGGUGUUUUUGAAGAAGCACCACCUCUUCCGCCACGUUCGCACACUCCUGACAAACGCCCGCCAGCGUUACCCACUGAUCCGCCUCCGAAUAUUCCGAAACGCGGACAUAAAAAAUCAACUCCUUCAGUGUUCAGCAUCGAAUCUAUCGUUGACAUCGCGCUUGAGGAGUCCUCCGAAAUGAGCAACUCGACCAACUGCCUCAAUCAACUCGAAGCAGAAGAUCACGAUCUGCGAGAUUCGGGGAUAAGCGUCACUGAUCAUGCCAACCUGAACAACUUCAACAACACUUGUUACGAAGACUUUGAUCUGCGCACACAUCAACAGGAACUAAAUAUUACUCCAAGCGGUGGUGAUAAGUCACCUAAAAUGGAGAAUCCACCACCGAUUCCGCCUAAAUUCGGCACUUCUAGUUUGGGCUCGAGUACGGAGUUCAGUGGGAGUUUAGAGCGAAAACGGGCAGAUUCCAUUGCGUCCGUUGGCGAUGUUGUCGUCAACGCAGAGAACUAUGCCAUACCUAAGCUAAAGAACGAGAACAAGAGCGAGGAACACAACGCAUAAAAUUCAUUCAUCGUUUUAUUUGGUGCUGAUUUACAUAAUCAUUCGUGUCAUAAGUUCGUUUUAAUCGCAAUGUCUUUGAUAGGGCUAAGGCGAAGCGCGUCUACAAAUGUAAUUCUAAAUUUCAUUCCAUGCUAAUCAUUUCCAUUUGUAAGCAAACAUAUUUAAUCUAAAUCUAAUCAUAUAGAUAGGGCUUAGUCAUAGGCUAUCUUAGUUGGUACAACAUUAUUUCUAACACAAGCGAGGGACUAAAAACAAAACUAACUCAAACCAAAAAAACUAAAGAAUCAAAUCUCCGCGAAUGUGCCAAAAACAAGUUUGGUAAGUGUGUAUUCAUAGGUUCCGAUUACUUUGAUGAGAUUAUACAUGAAAACACGUCAACGAAACAAUACCGCAUCCACUCAAGAAUAUACUAUUUACAACGUUUACAAUAUUUACAAUGAUUAUCUCAAUCUAUUGAUGUGAAUUAAUGAUAAUAUAUUUAAUUAUUUUUAUAUGCGAGGAUAUUUUCCAUGAGUUCGUGGUGCUAUUUUGUCACUGUACUCUUAUAAUUGAUUGGGCGCGCGGCGGAGAGCACUGAGAUUUAACGCAGGAAAGAUGUAAUCAAAUUCACUUGAGAAUUAUAUACUAGUCAUAAAUGAUAAUUAUAUUUUAAUCUCUAUUUUAUACUCUUAAGCGAGACCAAGUAUUUUAUUUUUAUGUAGUUUGUAAAUCGAGACUAGGGAAUGAAUAAGCGAAACGGAAAUAUUUAGAUUAUAAAUAAUUGUGUAGUAAAAUCAAAUAGAGUCAUGAUGAACAUAUAA